UUGCCAGAUGGAGGACGAGCUUUGUAUUCUUCUCUCUAUGUGGAGUAAAAUUUAUCUAGAGUUUUUUUCCGCUUAUGAUAAAAUUUAACUCAGUGUGCAGACAUUGAUGCCAUCUUCUGGACUGUUUUACUGAUACAUUUUAAUCAAACGUACUUCGGCAAGUUAGUUCGUAUUACUUUCUAUUUAUAACAUAUUUGGCAAUAUUCAGAUUCACAGCACGCCUGCAAAGAAGCCCAUCUGGGAACGACCAUAUUUUCUUGUAGAUGACGUCAUGACGUCACGUCGAAGUAGCCAGCCAAAGAGGGAGUAGUCCACCACUUUGUUUUGUCGACCAAAGCUUUUGGACUUAGCUACUAACACUAAUAUUAACCUUAUAUUAUCUAGUUUACUAGUUGCUGUAGACUAUUAUCAAAAAACUAGAUCGACAAUGUCAUUGGCAGACGAUGUCGGAUGGACAUGGUCCGCAGAUGAGACAAAGGCGCUGAUCUCGGUAUGGUCAGACGAGCAGAUUCUUCUGAAGAUGGAGCAAACGUACAGAAACAAACAUGUUUACAGCGAAAUUUCGGAGCGGCUAAAAGACAUUGGUGUCAAACGGACGUGGAAGCAGUGCCAAAACAAGAUUAAGGCCUUGAAGUGGAGAUACAGAGAAACACUGAGAAACCCAAGCAGUAGCCGACCGUGUCCGUUCUUUUCUGAACUGCACGAAUUUCUCGCCGCCAUGCCUGACAUGCCUGAGUCCAAGGAAACUGACGAGGAGGAAGAUAAUGGUCUUCCUCUUCCUCUGUCGUCUCUGCGCCUUUUGGUUCCUCCACUGCGGCUGGUGUCGGCAGCUCUAUGGCAAGUUGUUCAGCGGAGAGACACAAUGGACUACGGGUUGGUGGAGGAGUUUGCCACCACUGUGUUGGAGAUGAUUCCUGAUCUGAUGAGUUACAGAGAGAAAGUCCAACUCAUCAUGGGGCUGCGAGCGCAGCUGGUUCUGGAGUUGUGUCGCUCUGAUUGUUCAGCCGACCCGGAGACCAUCCAGCCACACCUGAGCAGGAUGAGGACCUGCAUCAUCACUCAUAGAGAAAAGGAGAUAGAUACAGAGGUGGAGGCAUCGGAAUCAAACUUCUUGGAACUCGUCCAAACUCUUCUAGAUGACCCAAUUGAGAGGGAACACUUCUUCCAGGAUGUUUUUCCAGAAGAAUUUGGGUCCAGUUAUGAUGCAGCACUGCAGACUCUGAUGUGGGAGUUCCUCAUCAGGCUGGAGAAGUUGCUUCCAACGCCAACCUUUCAACAGACUGUAUCAUGGCUCAGACCUGCCCCCUCUGUGCUGAAGGAGUGUGCACAUUCUGUGACUCAACCUCAGCCUUUGAAGACUCUUCUCCAGCACAACAGAUGCCAUGGCCAUUUGUUCACUAAUGCUCCGUCAUCUGGUGCCGACGAUCGUAUCCUCUCUUCACUGUCUCACUCGCUCUCAGAGAGGAUAGAAAUGGACAUUGAUGAAGCACGCUCGCAUAGCCAGUCUUUAUCCACGUGUGCAUCCAGAAAGGAAAGGGACACUUUGAUAGAGCACGAUAAUGUAGAGAAGGAGCUAGGGAUGAGUUUGGACACGGUUAAGAAGGCAGUGGAAAUGGUGGAUGGAAGAACAGAGGAAUGGGGAGAGAACGACUAUGAGGAGAGACUGCGACAUGACUUGGCUUAUGAUGUUUUAAAGGUAGAGAUUGUAGACGGAGAAGACAUGUCCUCAACAUCAUCGAUGACCGCAGAUGACGUUGGAUGGACCUGCUGGACACCCGAGGAGACAAAGUCACUUAUCUCUAUAUGGUCGGAUGAACAGAUUCUUCAUAAGAUGGAGCAAAGCUAUAGAAAAAAACAUGUUUACAGUGAAAUUUCAGAGUGUCUAAAGGAGCUUGGUAUCAAAAAGACAACCAAGCAGUGCCACAAUAAGAUAAAAGCCUUGAAGUGGCGCUACAGAGAAACACUGAGGAACCCAAGUAGCCGACCGUGUCCGUUCUUUUCUAAACUGCACAAUUUUCUUGCCGCGGUGCCUGAUUUACCGGAUUCCAAGGAAACUGGCAAGGUUUCAGAUGGAGGAGUUAUGUCUUUGGAUCGGGAUAAAGGGCCUUCUUUGACUGUCGAGUUGGCGCCUCAACGGGAGAAAAUGGUUUCCAGGAAAGUGAAAUGCAAGACACUCCCCGGAGAGCAAGCCAACGAGAAAAAAGAGGAUGAAAAAUGUUGCAUCCCUCAAAGUGACAGCAAGAUGAAAAGCCCCUCCAAAAAACAUUGUCGCAAACAGAUGGUUGAAGACGUGUCUUCGACAACCUCGGCAGACAAUGACACACGGACCUGGACCCUGGAGGGGACGAAAGCACUGAUCUCCGUGUGGUCAAACAAACAGGUUCUUCAGAUGAUGGAGCAAAGUUACCGGAAAAAACAUGCGUACAGUGAAGUUUCCGAGCGGCUAAAGGUCAUUGGCAUCAAAAGGACGUGGAAGCAGUGCCAAUCAAAGAUGAAGCACAUGAAGCACAGCUACAGACAAGCACUGAGGAACCCAAGCAGUAGUGGCCGAGCGACCUGUCCAUUCUUUUCUGAACUGCACACAUUUCUCGCCAACAUGCCUGAUAUGCCUGAUUCCAAGGGAACUGGCAAGGUUUCAGAUGGCGAAGUUGUAUCUUCGGAUCAGGAUGAAGGGCCUUCUGUGGAGUUGGAGCAUCUACACGGGAAAGGGGCUUCUAGAAAAGUUAAAGUCAAGGCACUCCCCGGAGAGCAAACAGAAGAGAGAAAUGGGGAUGAAUGUGACGGCAGAAUGAAUAUUGGAAGGAAACAACAGGUGGUUGAAGACGUGUCUGAUUUAGAACUUCAGCCCGUAGUGCUGCUGACCCAACUUGAUGACAACAGUCUCAUGACAGUCGGUGCUCCAGGUCCUGUUUCCCAUAACACAGAGCAGUCUCCUAAAAGAAGCAAGCGUGCCAAAAUUUGCUCCUUAUGUGGGAAGAGUUUUGUUGAAGCGAAGGAUUUGACAACACACAUGCGAACUCACACCGAGCAGAGCCCUCACCAGUGCACCCAGUGUGGGGAAGGCUUUGACCACCAGGACGACUUCCAAAAACAUCAGCAGAAUGAGUGUGAGGAGAUGACGAAACGACAGGAGGUCAAUGAGCGCCAGCAUGGAAAGAAUGACAGGAUAUCGGGACAGUCCAGUAAUGCAAGUAGUGAUCCUAAAACGUGCCACCUAUGCCAUAAGACUUUUGAGUUUCAAUAUAUGUUGAGAAGUCAUCUUAUUAUAUUUCACAAAGGCAAAAGAUGUUUUAAGUGUCCUCUUUGUCUGAAGGGUUUUGCCUUCCUCCGUGAUUUGAAGAAACACCAGAGUAACAAAAGAGGUUGUCCUACAAGUGAGUCCGUCAAAAAAAGGAAGGAGCUGAGACCAAAAAGCCCUCCUGCUCGCAUCAUUCCAGAACUUUCCUCAAACGCAAAUUAUUCCAAAACGUGCCCUGUAUGCCAUGCAACGUUUUCACAAACGUCUAGUUUGAAAAGCCACUUUCUUCGCCAUCACGCCCCAGACAAAAGCCGCUUUAAGUGUCCCAGUGCUUCGAUGGCUUUUGUAUCCCACAGUCAAAGGAAGAGACACCAGCAGAGCAAAAGAGGUUGUCGGUUAGAGAGAGUUUACAAACAUGCGACUAAGCCAGCAUGGUCACUGGCUCCAAGGGAAAAUAAAAAUGACAUUCCUCAGCCUUCCAGUACAGCAACCCAGGAACCACCAAUCUCUCAAGCCCCCACCACUACAGCACAGUCCUCUAAUAAAAAGACAAUUCCUAAAGCAUGUCCUCUGUGCCAGAAGACUUUUAAAUUUGAAGCUACAAUGGUAAGGCACAUUGCUUCACACCAAAAGGAAAGUCUCAACAAGUGCCCUGACAUCUUGAAGUGCACCUUUUGUGACGAGAUCUUUUCUCAGGGCAUGGACCUGAAGAGCCACUACAGUCGUACUCAUCAAUUUACGGGACCGUUCCCCUGUCCUUCUUGUCAGAAGACUUUUGUUUCGUUAACUGAGCUGCGCUUACAUCAGAGAAAUGAGUCCACUCCUUACCAGUGCUCAGUGUGCCAGCGAUUAUUCCGAACACAGUAUACCCUGACUAUUCACGAGCGAAUUCACACAGGGGAGAAACCAUUCCUCUGCGCUGAGUGUGGAAAGGGUUUCCGGAGUGAAAAACUACUGCAAUCACACUCUAAGAGUCAUGUCGAGGGAAAACCCCACGCUUGCUCCACUUGUGGGAAAAGGUUCCAGAGAAAAGAGCUAUUGAAACAACACAUGUUGCAUCACACAGAUGCUGCUUUCAUCUGCCCAGACUGUGGGAAGAAGUUUUUUCAGUUGGUAUGGUUAAGAAGGCAUAUGUUAAUGCACACUGGCGAGAGACCGUUCCUCUGUGACCUCUGUGGAAAGGGUUUCAAAUCUACGGCUGAAUUGAGGAUUCACACCCGGACACACACUGGAGAACGGCCAUUCAAGUGUCCAGAAUGUGGCAAAGGUUGUAGGCAGAAGAGUGAGCUGCAGGAGCAUCUGCGGAGGCACACAGGGGAGCGGCCGUAUCCGUGCACAGUGUGCGAUAAACGCUUUUAUGUCAGCAAAGAUAGAAAACGACAUAUGCUCAUACAUACUGGAGAGAAGCCGUUCAAAUGUCAAGCAUGUGGCAUGGCUUUCAACCGUAAAGCACUUUUGAGGGUACACCAAAAAAACAAGUCGUGUUUAUAUAGCCACACAAGUCCCCUACAUUACACUCCCCUACAUUACACGUCAUUGUAAUGUUGGGGAUUUGUGUGGCGUGAUCAGUGUUGGGAUUCAUUACUUAGAAAAGUAAUCUAUUGUUAGGUUUAAGAAAAUUAAUCUUGUCAAGUUACAGUAUGGUUGCAUGGAAAGUAGUAUAUUACAUAUCACUUGUUGCAAUUGUUGUUUUUCUUCUCCGCUGGUCAUUCAGCACCAUGGAGCUCCACUAUAGGCCUACCUGUAUCAGAUGAGCAAAGCCACCCCUAAGGCGCUAUCCAAGGUGCUGAAUCCUUCAUUCACAAUUACAAUUGAUAGUCUGAUACCCAUCGGAUUUGUGAAUUUAAUCUGAUCUUUAGACUGCAUCUGUUGUUUGUUAUUAUUAUUAUUAUUAUUAUUAUAUGUGUGAAAUUAUUUUCAAUAUAGUUUAGGUGUAGUUUCGAUUGGCCGUUAGUCAACUGUCGGGUGACGGAAAGGCAGCGUGGGAAAAAAGAAAUACAUGUCCUCCUAAAAGUGCUUAGAACACACUCUUGAUUGUUAUAUCGAAAAUUCUAACGUCAGUCAGUGUGUUAAAUAGACAUUCAGGAAAAGUCGAGGACAGAGGAGGUAUGACUUUAUUACAGUGCAUUUUGUGUAGGGUUCAUAUGACAAGGUUUGCAUUCACGUUCAGCAGGUUAAUGCGCCGGUUAUUUGAAGUCAUCCUUGUUGUCACUUGACAGCCUUUAUUUAGUGGCUUUAAUGUACAUUUCGUUUCGUAAAGCUGCCUAAAUGUUUAUGGCCAAUAGGCCUAUUCCUUUGUAUAUUAAAAUAGAAUGUUUGUUGUGAUCAAACAUUGGAUUUAUCAGACAUUUUGAUUGUUUACAUGGACAUUUUGUAAGAACACUUGGAAAUAUUGUUUAGGCAUGUGCAUCUUUUGUUUAUUAUCAUAAUGCCUAUAGAUUUCUCCUCUUUCACGCAUUUCUGGAACUUAGGCUUCCAGCUUUUGUGCCUUUCUGCAUGACCUCCAGAUGCUAUUUCAGAUUUGAUGUGGUGUUUCUGGAUGAAGAGAUCAAUGCUUGCUGCCUGUGCAGAGUUUGCAUCUGACUAAAACGUUGUCCUCUUUCUCUUCGAUUAAGUAAAAGUAAUGGGAGUAUUUCCACAAGGAAAAGGAUAAGUAGGGUAACAACACAGCUGCCAUCUAUCUAUCUUAUCUAAUAUAUAUAUAUAUAUAUCUGUGUUUAUUUUCAGCAAAUUAACAUGUGUAAAUAUUUGUAUGAACAUAAGAUUCAAAAACUGAGACAUAAACGGAACAAUUUCCACAGACAUGUGACUAACAGAAAUGGAAUAAUGUGUCCCUGAACAAAGGGGGUCCAAAUCAAAAGUAACAGUCACUAUCUGGUGUGGCUAUUAGCUGCAUUAAGUACGGCAGUGCAUGUCCUCAUGGACUGCACCAGAUUUGCGAGUUCUUGCUGUGAGAUGUUACCACACUCUUCCACCAAAGCACCUGCAAGUUCCCGGACAUUUCCGGGGGGGUCCCAGACGUGCUCAAUGGGAUUG